UCGGAGGUGUCAUGGCGGCGGCGGACAGCUCCUGGUUCCCAGCUCUAUCUUUGGGAGUUUCUCUCUUCAAAUGUCUGUUUAUCAGCGCAUAUCACUCCACAGACUUCGAGGUGCACAGGAACUGGCUCGCCAUCACUCACAGUCUGCCGCUGGACCGAUGGUACCACGAGAACUCUUCGGAGUGGACCCUGGAUUACCCCCCGCUGUUCGCCUGGUUCGAGCUGGCUCUGUCUCAGGGCGCUCGGCUGCUGCACCCCCCCAUGCUGCUGCUGAGCAACCUGAACUACAGCAGCCCUGAGGCCGUGCUCUACCAGAGACUCACCGUCAUCUGCACCGACCUGCUGUUCCUCUACGCUGUUAGAGAGUGUUGCCGGUGCGUUCAGGAGCAGAAAGGAUCGCGGGACGUUCUGAACCGGCCGUCCUUCGUCCUGGCCGUCCUGCUGCUCUGGAACUUCGGCCUCCUCAUCGUCGACCAUAUUCACUUCCAGUAUAACGGCUUCCUGUUCGGAGUCCUGCUGCUGUCCGUGGCAAAACACAUGCAGUCUCUCCACCUGCAGGGGGCGCUGCUGUUCGCUGUGCUGCUGAACCUGAAGCACAUCUUCCUGUACGUGGCCCCGGCGUACGGAGUCUACCUGCUGAGGAGCUACUGCUUCACCCAGGACAACUCAGACGGUUCUGUUCGAUGGAGGAGUUUCAGUUUUCUCCGCCUGGCGGCGCUGGGCGGCAUCGUGCUGUCCGUCUGCUUCCUGUCGUUCGGACCCUUCAUCCUCAUGGGUCAGCUCCCUCAGGUGUUGUCCCGGCUCUUCCCCUUUAAGAGGGGCCUCUGCCACGCCUACUGGGCCCCGAACGUCUGGGCGCUGUACAACGGACUGGACAAGACCCUGACCCUGCUGGGUGUUCGUCUGCAGCUGCUGCAGGAGGCGGAGCUUCCUAAAGCGUCCAUGACGGGGGGGCUCGUUCAGGAGUUCCAGCACACGGUCCUGCCCUCCGUCACCCCCCCCGUCACCCUGCUGUGCACCGUGCUCUCCAUCCUGCCGGCGCUGGUGUCUCUCUGGCAUCGUCCCCGCAGCGCUCAGAGCUUCCUGCGCUGCCUCCUGCUCUGCAGUCUGGGAUCCUUCCUGUUCGGAUGGCACGUCCAUGAGAAGGCAGUGCUGCUCGCCAUCCUGCCACUCAGCCUCCUGGCUGUGCAGAACAGAGAGGAUGCUGGGAUAUUCCUGCUGCUGUCCACCACGGGUCAUUACUCUCUGUUCCCGCUGCUCUUCACCUGCGCAGAGCUGCCCAUCAAAGUGCUGCUGAUGCUGAUGUUCACCCUGUACUCCUUCAGCGCUCUGAGACACCUGCACAGGGGGCCCCUGCUGCUGCCCCCGGAGACCCUGUACCUGGUGGGGCUGCUCCUCCUCUCUCUCUGCUGUGACGUCCUGUUCCCUCUCUCUCCAUGGGGGGCGAGGCUGCCCUUCCUCCCCCUGCUGGCCACCUCCCUGUACUGCUCGCUGGGCAUCAUUUACUGCUUCCUGCGUCUGUACUGCAGCAUGUUGAGGGGGGCGGAGAGGCCGAAACAGCCCUGAGAGACACAGCUUAGACCCUCCCCCCCGACAAAAACACACACUCUGCCAUUUCCUCUUUCCUCGACCGUGUAUUAUGGACCAAUCACAGUGGACCUGACGACCAGGAGCCAACAUCGUUAGUUUUUACUCCCUAUUUACUCCCCCUCUCUCCCCCUCUCUCCCCGUGCAACCAGCCCUCCUUGGUCUGAUGAACAGAAGAGCCAUUUACACGCUCUCAUUUCAUGUUGUGUGAGGAGGGUUGUGGGAUAUCCCGAGGAAAGCAAAAUGUUUAAACGAGGGUUGACCCGGAAGAUUAUGCGAUCCCUUUCCAGACGCCAAUGUCUGAUGAAACCACAUCGGGACGGAGGGAUAUGGUUACUCAUGCAAACGGCCCUUCUUGUAUACCAUCUCUAUUACUUCAAUGAUGCCGGUACUAGAGACUGAGACUUUGAGAACGUUUCACCGCCAACGGUCUAACAAAAAACCCAAAACGCCAAAACAAAAAAAGUUGUAUAAAGUCUUUCUUAAUUAAAUCUAAAAUUAGCAAGAUUGUGAAUGCAGUCUGGUUCUAACUGAUCAAAUAAUGAAAUUGAGGGAAGGGAUGUAUAUGGGGGACCUGAGGCAGGAGAAUCACAAGCUACUGAUAUCGACUCUACGGAGAAAGAUCUGGUUUUAUAUCCAAAAUAGACCUCCUGUUGUUGGAAGGAUUUACAAGAUAAAGGCUUGUCUUUAAAAACGAAGAUGAUGAAUUGCAGUUUAGGGUCGGGUGCAACCUCUGUAACACAAUGCAUGCUGGGAUACACUCUAGCCUGUAUGGAUUAUCAUUGUUUUGUGGAAACCUGAAUCUAUAAAACAGACAGACCAAAUCACCUGAGAGACGUUAAAGCUUCUUUUUCUACAUUUUCAAUAAAAACUUUGAUUAAUUUA